CGGGAGGGAAAGGAGAGGGGGAGAGAGAGAGGGAAAGGAAGAGGGAGACGGAGAGGGCGAGGGAGAGAGAAGAUAUUCCGUGCUUUUCAAUAUUAAGAAAAUAAUCUCAUUGUUAAAUAAAUCGCGUCAGUAUAAUAUUCGAUUGAAUUUUAUAUCGAAACGGUAACUCUUUAUAUUCAUUUCAAUAGUCAUCAUAUUCGGCCGUAAAAGAGAUUUCGGGACUAAAGAGGACAUUCAUUAUCUUUCUCCCCCGUCUUUUUCGUCGCGAUUGGUUGUUUGCUUAUUGUCAACGAUAACUCGCAUAUGCUCGUAACAAGUAACAAGACCUCUCGACGAUAUUCGACGGUGAGACGAUGGAGGAGUAAUAAUAUAUCUCGCCAGUUGUCUGCUUGGCCUCUCGUUUUUUUCUUUUUUCGCAACGGGUCGUAGGGUCAGACUCAGAUAUACACAAUCAAACGUACAAUCGUCUGCAUCCCGAUACGCGAACACGCGGAUGCCGCCGCGGCUUAGCAGCUUAUAUUCCAUCAACUUACAUCACUGGCAGUAAGGUCGAAAGCUGCAAGAGCGCAGCUCGCUUCCGGUCCGAGACUCUCGUAUUGUUAAAUAAUUUACAAAUAUCGCUGUUGAUGAAACAAACCAGACGUCAUGGUCGGCAUCGGUGUCUCGUGUAUGGUGAAUCUCGGCUUCAGUUUCGCGCUGAUAUUUCUGGUCCCCCUUUUCCUUAUCGCAUAUUUGGUGAUGACAUGGACAAGGAGAUCUUGGAUACGCUUCGUCAAGUGGAAAUAUCCGAAUUAUGUCGUUGUGGAGGAGAAUAGUAUUCGGAGUAUCUUAGACCAAGGACGCACUCAUGGAAUCUGCACGCUUCUCGUGCAAGGACGCUCGAUUGUGAAGGGCGCGAGGAAUCACUUGGCGCAUCUGGCGUCCACGAGAAAGUAUCUCAGAUCAACUUUGUUCUCACGAUGGGGCGUUUACGUUUGGAAGGAACUCGAUUAUUCCGUCGACAAUCACCUCGUGAAUUCGCCGUGCUCGUUUCGCGGUCGUCCCAUCACUGACAACAAUCUACAGGAUUACAUAAGCGACGUGACAUCAAAAUUUCUUCCGAGGAGAUUAUCGCCGUGGCAAGUGCAUAUAGUGAAUUGCUUCGUGCGAGGGGAAGAGCGUCAGAUAUGUCUCGUACGGGCUCAUCAUUUGCUUCUGCGACAAGAGCAUCUAACUUUAGCGGAUUUCUUACCGUUGAAGUAUUCGACGGAUAACUGGACGUGUCAGGAGAGCGAUUCGCCCUUUACGAACUUGUAUGCCGAACCCACCGCUCUACCGCGCCUUCGACAAAUGCUCAUCGAGAACUUCAGCAACUAUUGGAACGAUUUCCUCUACAACAACGAUCCUGUCGAACGGCCGGAGAUCUUGAAGAAACGGAUAGGAAUAUCUCAAUGCGUCAAAAUCGCGAUGAUAGCGUUGGUCUGUACUAUGAAAGAACUGGCCAGACAAUGGCGAAAGUCAGAAGGGCUGAAAUUCCUGGAGCUUCUAUCGAUCGUUCAACGCGAAUCGAGCAAGAGGAACUUUAAUCCUCGAUUGAUACUCGAGUCCAUCGCAAAGUCUUUCAAUCCGAUUAACAUUCUUUACUCCUGCAUCGCUUUAUCCUGGUACAUCACGAUCACGUCGUGCUUAAGAACGCCACUUCUACUCAUUCGAGAAUUGCAGGCUCUAAAAUCGCAACACAAGCAUUGCUAUCCAGAUACCUUGACGUAUAUGUUGUCCUGUUAUCUCCCUUUAAUAUUCCAAGCGAUUCGGGAAGUGAUGUCCAUCAGCUGGAUAGCCGUAACGGCGCCCAAGAUCAUUGUCGAGGAGCUGUUUCUAAAGCAUCCGCAAUUGAAUCAACUGCAGACAAUUUCUCCGUGCGGUAGGAAGGUAGUGGCUUGGUCGGAGGAGGUCGAUAUCGAGCUCGUACGAAAAAUCGCCAACGUAACCGGUGCAACAGAGACGGAAAUUCUCUUAGCGGCUACCGUAGACAGCCUAAAGGAAUACUUCAGACAUUCGGUCGUCAAUGUUCCAGACAAUGUAUUCGCGACCGUCAAGUUUGUGAGUCAACGGGCCGUGUUCUUACGGAAUCAUGAAGUUCGAGGUAUUCUCUGUCUUGCGUUACCCACCAGGACACCGUUGUUUCAUGACGAUCUCAUCGAGAUACUACAGGUGAUUCAACGAAACAUUCAGGAAGCCAGGUCUAGGCAGAGCGCGAUUUACGCGAUCACGGCAGCGGAAACAUCCUGCGGAUUCAUUUCGUCCUGCGUACCAGCCAUCGUUUUGAAAUUACUCUUGAAUCAACUAUCGAAAAGAUAUUCUCUGUGCUUGACGCAUGUCGACGGUGAUCUACCUGUGGAAGGCGUAGAUGGAGCAAUUUAUUGGCGACCACCGCAAGGAAAUUGCAACAUGUCAAUGACCUUACACAGGCUUGGAAACGGAGUACGUCUUGGUAUAAUGGCAGACGCAUUAAUUGGCCCGCAACAUUUCAUCGUAGCGAGAACAUUUCCUCAGAGUAUACAAAAUCUCGCCAGCAUCCUAGGCGUUCCGAGAACAUCCAGUCGAAGCCCAAGCCCUAAUGCACUCAAUCCGAUCACAUCUCCAGGAUACUGAUAAUGAGAUAAUGCAUCAAUAAAAGACGAGAAAUUUAAAAUUUUUUUCGUUCAAUUUUCUCUCACCGUAUAUUUUUUCAGAGAAAUAGUCGAUCCUAAUAAUAACACUGGUAACAUAUAACUUUUAACACGUCAUAUAAUUAUUUAAUCUGUUCAUCGGAAAGAAUACAUGUAUUGGACAUAUACGUGCAUAUUCGACAAAUAAGAUUCUGACCGCGUUAUAAAUAAUAAUUUUACAAAUAUAUCCUAUUCACAUAAGGGUCUCUCUAUUUCGCAAAUUAUUUCUGGUUUUUUUCAGACAACUUGAAUAACAUUGAAAUUCAAAAUUAGAUGGAAGAAAUAUGGUUAUACGUCUCUUUGUAUUAUCACAGCAGAUAAUUAAUGUCACAUCGCUAUAUUACUCCUGAAUAACCCCUAAAUAUAUACGCAAUGAUGUAAGCCGGAAUUAAAAUAAAUUAAAUAAAAUAAAUUCAAUGAUUUAUGGCAGAGUUCUUUUUAUGAAACAGCGCAUUUUUUUCGUAAACUUUUGCACACUUUUUCUAAAUAUAUAAUGAACAUUAAUAUAAAUAGUUUAACUACUUAUUUAAUCUUUGGAUAUCUUUGAAGUAACAAAAGUUUUACAAAAAACUUUUGACAAUAUUUAUGAUAGUAUAACGAUGAUAUCAUCUGCACACAAUAUACAUGUAAAAAGUUAUAAUAUAGAAACAUUAUUAAACUUAAUUAUCUAAAAAACAAUAAAUUUCAUUAUAAAUUGUUAACACGUCGCUUCUUUACAUUAUUAAAGCGUGUAAAUAUAUUUAAGCGUUUUAAGCGUUUACAAGUUUCUAAUGAAAAUAAAUUCAUCUAUAUACGAGUUUUACAAAAA